CGGAGUAGUCUGCCACAGACAAGGGGAAGAAAGGCUGUGGCUGGUACGGACGGUGCUGUCUGGCUGCAAUAGAAACAAAAGCGAGCGGUCCGUUCGAGCAUAAAGCGGAAUUGCGUUCCUUGGAUCAUACCUCGUUACUCUAAUGGUGAUCGGAUACCCGGGUUAUUGAUCAGGUCCAUGCUAGCUUGAGCCAUGAGCGGUCUACUGAAGAGGAAGUUUGAGGAGGUCUAUGAUGAGGACCAGUGCUACUCCUCGUCCUCCUCCCGGUCGUCCUCAGCUUACUCCGGGUGGGACUCGGAGGGCGAGAGCUGCUACUCAGACACCCUUGACUCAACACCCAGCAACCCUGGCUCUCCAGACACACAUUGCAACAAGUCCAUCCUGAAGAAGGCUAAGUGUGAACGGCUAGUGCGGGGCAACGUGACCUUUGACAUGGUGACAGUGUUUGUCUUCCCACGGUGCCAGGGCUUCAGCAGCGUGCCCAGUAGAGGGGGCUGUUCCCUGGGCAUGAUGCAGCGCCACAGCGCCUUCCGCAGGUACACCCUGGAUGAGUACGCUGUGGAGCAACACACCCUCCGUCGGGAGAAACUCCUCGACCGCCUCCGAGAGGAGAAACUGGACGCUCUCAAACAGAAACUGACUAAGGGAGGCACGGUGGAGUCAGAGGAGGCUGACCGCCUCACUGUCGAAGACAUCCCAGAGGACGAGAUGGACAUUAGCAGCUGUAACCUAGACGACGGCUCCUUCCUCCACCCCUACCCUUCCAAGAGGAGACAUGCCCUGCUGAAGGCUGCGGGGGUGAAGGUGGAGAAGGAGGAGAAGAGACAGCUGCAGCAGCUCAGAGUGUCCAGGGAGGACUGUGGGUGUGACUGCCAGGGUUUCUGUGAGCCAGAGACCUGUGCCUGCAGCCUGGCAGGCAUCAAGUGUCAGAUGGACCACUCGUCAUUUCCCUGCGGCUGCACUAAGGAUGGCUGCGGUAACCAGGAAGGUCGUAAAGAGUUCAACUCCAGCCGGGUUCAGACCCACUACAUCCACACCAUCAUGAAGCUAGAGCUGGAGAAGAGACUGGAGGAGACGUCUGGACCAGAGGAAGAGGACCCGGGAGAGACCACCUUCUACUUCGGCUCAGAGCUGGCAUCGGUCGGGGAGAACAGCUGUACCAGUGACAUGACAGAUUCCUCUGCCUCCUCGGGGGGGAGUGAGGACUCAGAGGAAGGGGCGGAGUUAGGCCGGGAGGACGAUGUGGAUGAAAACGGACUGAGCCGCAUCCUCAGCGACAACGACUAUAACGUAAACAACUACGUUGUUAAUGACAACCGCUGUUGCCCCGAGCAAUGGCUACAGCAGCAGCAGGCAUCGUCCAUGACGACAACAACAGAGAUGUUGGGAGGGUUUAGCACGGCAGACUUCCCAGAGGAGAAUGACAAUCUAGAGGGGCACACAGACAACCGGGCCAUGGCCAUAUCACUGUUAGGUGAUACCGCUAACCAAGGCAACGGUCUGUUCCACCACAGCAACUGCAGAAUCUCUAACCCCUCAUCUCCCUCAGUAGACUGCCCCAACGUCCUCUCUCCCUCCGUUGACUGCCCCAACACCCCAUCCCCCUCAGUAGAUGGCACCGCUGCCAGCUACAUGGACCUGUCCUCAGAGUCUCACCUGGAGUUCUUUGAUGGUUUCUGUCUGGGUCCUUCCUCCCCCUACAACUCCCUAACGGAGUACCAACACAUGGACAACUUCUUUCACUUCCAGUUGCCUAGUUACGCCAGCAGCCAAUCACAGGCCAUCGACCCCGGGACCUGCCUCCUGGAGUCUCUGAUUGGUCUGCCAGAAUCUGACCCAGAACCCCCUGUAACGUUCACAGCCAAUCAGCGGUUGGAAGAAGCUGUCAGGGGUUAACUAUCGGGACCUGAACUGCCAACUGUGUUCUGGACUAAUGUAGUGAAUUAGGGGGGAUGGGGGUCAGUGUAAACAGACUGCUGUUGGAAGAAGCUGUCAGGGGUUAACUAUCGGGACCUGAACCGCCAACUGUGUUCUGGACUAAUGUAGUGAAUUAGGGGGGAUGGGGGUCAGUGUAAACAGACUGCUGUUGGAAGAAGCU